AUGGGACACGAUGCUUUCAUGGAGCCCUUUAGCAACUCAUUUUGUGAGUUACAGUGCAAAAUAUAUUUUCUGCUUUUAGGUAUUUGUUCUGCACUGAAGUUGACAGUACCCUCACAUACUAUCCAGGGCAUUGAGGGGAAGCCACUCAAUCUUGCUGUUGACUACAAUUUCAACAUCACAGCUUCAGAAAUCCAAAUAAUAUGGCUGUUCGAAGGACCUCCAACUACGCUUAAAUAUUUACUUAGCUCUGUAAAUCAGUCAGUAGUUCCAGAUUUGGAAUAUCAGCAAAAGUUUACCCUCAUACCACCAAAUGCAUCUUUGAUGAUCAAUCCUCUACAUAUUAGCGAUGAAGGCAAUUACAUUGUGAAAGUCAAUGUUCGCGGAAAUGAGACAAUAGCAGCCAGUCAAAAAAUUCAAGUAGCUGUUGAUGUUCCUGUCACAGAGCCAAUUGUACAUACCCAACCUUCUUCAGGGGCAGUGGAGUAUGUGGGGAACAUUACACUAACAUGUACUGUGAGAAAAGGGACAAGGGUAGCUUACCAGUGGAUGAAAAAUGGGAAACCUAUCCAUGCCAGCCCUAGUUACACCUUUUCCUCAAACAAUGACACACUUUUGAUUGUUCCCGUUGUGAAAGAAGACAUUGGAAAUUACAGUUGUUUGGCAACCAACCCUGUCAGUGUGAUGGAAAGUGAGAUAAUUACACCAAUUAUAUAUUAUGGGCCUUAUGGACUUACAGUUAAUUCAGAUAAAGGCCUGAAAGUCGGAGAGGUGUUUACGGUUGAUGUAGGAGAAGAUAUUCUUUUUGAUUGCUCAGCAGAUUCCAAUCCACCAAAUACUUAUUCAUGGAUUCAAAGGGCUGAUAAUGCCACCUAUGUUAUCAAAUAUGGCCCCCAUCUGGAAAUUCCAUCGGGUAAAGUGACCCAGAGGACAAUAGAUUAUAUGUGCUGUGCUUACAAUAACGUGACUGGGAAACGAGAUGAAACUCAUUUUACAGUGAUAAUUACUUCUGUGGGACUUGAGAAGCUUGCUCAGAAAGGGAAGUCUUUGUCGUCUCUAGCAGUAAUAACUGGAAUUUCAUUGUUUUUGAUCCUGUCUAUGACACUUUUAUUCUUAUGGAAAAGAUAUCAGCCAUACAAAGUCAUACAAAAGAAGUUACAGAGCAGCCCUGAUGCAGAUUACCGAAAAACACAGACAUUUUCAGGGCAUGAAAAUGCUCUGGAUGAUUUUGGAAUCUAUGAAUUUGUUGCUUUUCCAGACGCCACUGGUUGUUCCAGGGUUUCAAAUCAACCUGUUUCUGACUCUGACUUUAUCCCAAGGCAAGACAUAAAUAGUACAGUUUAUGAAGUUAUUCGACAUAUUCCUGAGCAAGACCAUCAAGAGUAA